AUGAGCAAGCGCGCAGAGAAGGAGGGCUUACCUUCAACCUUGCACUUACUGAUUUUUUUAAAAAUCACUCGCCUCAAGGUCACUGAAUAUCAUGCCAAUGAUCACGGGUCUUCCCCCGCAUUUGGAGCUAGUGGUGCACAUCGGGCGUCUGAGGACCCAUCCUCCUCCCGACCUUCUUUCUCAUGUUCAUUUAAUGUCUGCCCAUCACAUUCGCCGCCGCCCUCUCCCUCGUGCCGCUUCCGACCGUCAUCCACUGCUGGCAAUUUCCAGCCUGUCUCCCGAGCACCCGAUGAUGAUGGCAGAGAACCAAGCCAAAGCGCGUUUUAUCUUGAUCAUUCGGCCAACUUCCCUUCCCCUCACAACACACCGCACAUCUCGCUUCCCCCUCCCACGCAGCUUUUGCGAUCAGAUCCUCCCCCACAAUUAGAAGUGGCAUCUCCUGCGGACCCAAUCAGCAUUGGACCACAGCGCGUUGGUCUCAGCCCAUCUCAAGUGUUUCCCUCCCGGCUUUCCCUCCAGCAUGCUGGUUUCGUACUGUCGCAACAUCUGGGUCUCGAGCCAAUCGAGAAUUUCCAGAACUAUGGCGAGAUGCUAAGAGAGCACGAGUUUGUCGCGCAAGGGACUUUCAACGUGUUAUUUCUAUUGGUAGACGAUGCCAAUUUACAGGAUAUCAUUCCUCCUUUCAUGAGCUCAAUUGCAGGGGCACCCACUAAUUCCCUCACUUCCUUUGUGUCCUCAUACCUGGAUCGCGCCACUCACGCAUACUCCCUCAUCUACUCCGACCUAGCCAUUCCUUCAGAAGGCACAAAUGAAGCUUUUCUCGCCGAAAUAUCAAUACUUUUCAAAUUCGCUGAGCCCACUGCAGAUAUCCACGAUGCGCACAUCCCAAUUUAUUCUCCCAUGAACCAGGUCACCCCUCCAGUCGUCUGAACAAGA